GACUAAACAGCGACGAAAGCAGACAUACUGACGUUACGUGAUUAGAAGUUAAAAAUGUCUUUUCUUGAGGUUUUCUUUUAUUUUGUGGCUUUACCGAAUUUUAAAAUUUAUCAAUUAUAUUUAAUCUCGCUGGUCCAGCUGUUACCAUCUUACUAAUAAUUUUCUCUAAUUGGUUUGCGGUUUCAUCCGAUUUUACGUUUCUUAAACCAUUGAUGCCAUUCGAUGUCUUCCUUGGAAUUUAACACAAUCCCGGGACUACAUGCAAUAUAUAUAUAAAUAAUAGUAGUUUUCCUCAUCUCAUUGUGUAUGUAACUUGCGACUGUAUGCAAGCAAGUUGUACGCGAAAUAGCCCAAACAGAAAGAAUGUUGCUGCGUGCAUUGUGGAAGAUACAAGUAUUGUCUCCAUCCCGUCUGUUCUUAUCUUAUUCUUCUCUGUGUCUAUUAGGAAUCUGGCAAGGAACAUGAUAGACCACCUUCCAAGCAGUGUUUUAAGCAAUCUGAUGAAAUUGGAAGUCUUGGACUUGUCAGGAAAUCAAAUUGGUUCCAUCAAAGGAGGAGUUUUCAGCGGACUGCAGAAACUUUCAACACUGUAUCUCGGUGAGAAUAGGGUUUCAAAGCUUGAAACUGGUAGUUUCCACGACAUGCCGAGCCUGAAGCAUUUGUGGCUGUCUAUCAACAUGAUCUGGGACCUUCCUCAUAAUAUAUUUCAUGGCCUCAUCCACCUUAAAGUACUGUCUGUAUCACUGUUUUCUUGCACAACUUUUGCAUGCAGAAGUAAAUAUAACGCCGCAUGCCUUAUUCUCAUGAGUUAUAAAUAAGUAUACAGGUGGCAGGCUUACUGAUUACAGUUAGACAACCAAGUAAUAUCAAACGUUUAUGAUAUCUCCAGUUAUGGAAAACAAUACCAAAUGUAGCUGUGAAUCACAAGAAAACUUCGGUUGAAUGAAAGGGCUUUUCUACGAACUAGUGUACUCUUAGGAGUAAGUAUUUGAGUAAAAGAAAAGAUAUAAAGAUAAUAAAUAAAUAAGAAUACUGAAAAGAAAAAACUGAGUUCACUUUACUAAACGCGAGUCUGUGUCUGUCUUUCAAAGCUAUUGUAGCCCAGUUCCAAAUGGGUGUUAGUUUGUCUAGCUAGGAAAUAUCUAGAGCUUUGAAAAUCAUG